UUCACUUAUGAAAAUAUUUGCUGAGGGCAUUGUAGUGUCCUGCUAUGUCAAGAAUCUCUACUUCAGACAAAACGUUUAUUUAUGUAUUUUCAUCAAGUAAUCAAGUAAUGUCUAAAUACAACUUAGAAUUCACACAAAAUUAACAAACCAUUGAUGAUUAACUUUUUCUCAUUAAUUGUGAAAUGUUGAUGAGGCUUUGAAAAAAGAAUGUUGCCAGUAAUUUCUGCUGAGAUUAAUUAGUUAAUCUAACAUUAAUCAGAAAUCCAAAAGAGUGGAGAAACUGGUUUGGUCAUACAACACUUAUUGACAUCAUAUACAAUUUUACUCCACCCAUCUUGUGAUUCCCAAUGUGAACCAAACUUACCCAUGCAAAUCCUCAGAGUUGACAGUUAGCAGGUGAGGUCAGGUGCCAAUCAGGUAAGAUGGUCCCUACCUAGUAAAUUGUAAUGGUUAUGAAACAGGACAAACUUAAAGGAAGACAGCAGUAAGCACUUUGAGCACUUAUACCUUUCACAGGAACUUCAUUAGCUGUUUUAUUUUCAAGAGAGUGAAGAUUGGACAGGAGGGGACUGCUUGUGACAGGAGAGGGAGAUCAGGAGUGGUGUUGAGAAACAACCGGCGAUCCCUUAGCUCCCCGUACUUUACGACUGGAGAGAGUGAAGAUUGGACAGGAGGGGACUGCUUAUGACAGGAGAGGGAGAUCAGGAGUGGUGUUGAGAAACAACCGGCGAUCCCUUAGCUCCCCGUACUUUACGACUGGAGGCUUGUGAAGAUUGGACAGGAGGGGAGUGCUUGUGACAGGAGAGAAAGAUCAGGAGUGGUCUUCAGAAACAACCGGUGAUCCCUUAGCUCCCCGUACUUUGUUACUGGAGGCAAAGUGGGCUAAACUCCAUCAGCACCAUAAUGGAGUCGAAACGGAAAAAAGAUUCAGUCAGAUUCGUCUCCUGGAACACUUGUGGAGUCAGAGACACUGCAGACUUCCCCCGCAAGUUAGAAAAAAUAAUUAAAGAACUUGAUAAGCUGGGCACUAGUGUUGCAUUUCUCCAAGAGACUCACAUUGGACCAAACAGCAGACAGACAGACAUCCUAAGGUGUGUCAGUGGCUGGCAUUACUUCUUUACAGUGCAUCAUCCUCGAAGUAAAGGAGUUGCUAUUCUGAUAAAGGAAACUCUCAAUUAUGCAUAUGAAUUCCAUGAUGAGGAUUUUGGAGGCAGCUACAUUGUCCUUGUCUGUCAGCUAGAUGGCAAAUACUUCACAUUUGUGAAUGUGUACAACCAUAUCAAAGAUACAUCAGUCCUUCGUAGGCUGACACAGUAUCUACAUGACAAUGCUAAGGGCAUUUUAGUGAUAGGUGGGGAUUUCAACACCAUUCUACAUUAUGACUUUGACAGGAAAUGUCCAACUGGUCAUAAGGAGCCUCUAAGGCCUUUCCUGGAGGAGUUCAUCUCCUCUCUGAAUCUGGUAGAUGUGUGGGGUCGAUCACAUCCCACCGAUAGACAGUUUACCUAUUUUAAGGGGAAACUCAUUCAAAGCUCAGGAAGUAUGCAUCCAAAGAAAGCUCAGAGAAAUACAUACAAGAUAGCAUCUCGCUUAGAUAUGUUCUUUAUGCCAUGUGAUGAUAUGCAGUACUUAAAAAAAUGCAAGAUUUACAACUCAGACAUUUCUGACCAUGACCCUGUACUUUUAGAAAUCCAGCUCCAACCUUUGACAGUUGUACAAAUGCCCUUGGAAAUUCCUAACGAUCCUAUCACCCAUGAAGCAGAGAGGGAUUCAUUUAAAGUGCAGGGUGAGAUCAGUGGAGCAGAAGUCCUCACAGCCAUCAAAUCCCUGAGAGAGUGUAGGGAGAUAUUUGAUACCCGCCAGUUAACAGGACACAACAAGCGUGCUCUAAUAAACCGUCUGAAGUUGGAAUUUAAUGACAUGAUUAGAAAGACUCGUGAUCGCAAAGCAGUGCAGCCUGGAAGUAUUGAAUACUUGAUCUUCACCACCAUACUUGCCAGGCGCUUGGAGAGAUACAUUAGGCCGUCGUUCAAAAGCAAGUCCAAAGUUCCAAGUUCAAAAACAAAGACCAAUCAACCUGAACCUAAGAUAUACAUGAGAAAUGUGAGAAUUCCAAAGACUAUCAAAUGGACACACUUACAAAAAGCAAUCACAGCACUGAAGCGAAUCCAUCCAGCUCCCCCACGUGUUCUCGAUAUUCUAAGGUCACUGCUUGGGGACCUUCAUGGGAAUCUUAAACUCCCUAAGCACUCCCCUCUUACUAACGCUAUACUGACACUGUGUCUAAAAUGGCUGGCUAAAGAGUUGAAAAGUAAGUUGGGAGAGUGUGAGGUGGAUGUGUGCCGGCAUAGGCUGAGCGUGCUGGUCUACAUGCAUUCAAAUCCAGACAUGGAAAACAGACUGGAUAGGGUAGUGUCCCAAUUCCGUCAACAACUACAUUCCUGAAAUCAGUCAUGAAAUAUAGUCCAGAAAAUCAACCAGGAUCAUACUUGGUAGAGGGUUAAAUGGUGCAGAACAGUUGAACUUGGAAGCUAAAAUGCCCAACCAGGAAGUAAACAUGCCUAAACCUGACUUUUCUGCUUUUUGGUGGAUGCUUCCCUGUGUGUUAUAGGGACUUGGAAAACAAUUCACAAACAUCUGAAGUAAACUAGUCAGCCAGUGCCUACAAAACAUUUAGCACUAGAAGAUACAAUUAAAAGUGUAAAUAUUAACUGGAAGUGGAAAUUUACUGGAAGUGGAAAUUUGCUUUGUGCUGAAAUGUUAAAUGUAUUUCUGUCAAAUCCUGAUCAUUUUGUCACAUUUUAUGUAUAUCACAUAAUUGUACCCAUUAAUCUGUAAAAUAGUUACUCAAAUAAUAAUUAGAGAGUUUGGAUCCAAAACGUUAUAUCCUCCAUUUAAAUGAAUUUUCAUAAAUUAUUUUUGUAUUUUGUUUUCCCAA